ACUUCCAUCCACCGAGAAGGCGGAAGGAUAUGACGCUGUGGGCGGAGUUGCGUGCCGUGCGCAGAGAGGAAGGAGAUCCGGCAGAGACAGCUAGGGAGAGAGGGAGUCGGGGGCAGCAGCUGAGACGAAGCGAGGGAAAAGGGCGACGGGACCUCCCCCCAACAGGCGGGGGAAGGGGAUGCAACGCGACCCAGGCAGCUGCCCUCCUUCCGCGCGGCUGACCCGGCAGGCCGCCGCUGCCCCUCCCCCAUCCUUACUCACCGCUCCUCUUCGGCCAGUCAGCUGGGGGGGCUCCCGGAGAGCCGAGGGAACCGGCCUCGCCGCCCGUCAGCCGUAGAGGCUCGCGAGACGCUCAGCCGCGCGCGCGAGCGGGGGCAAGAGGGGCGGCGGCGAAUUGAAACUACCCUCAACAGCCGGCGCUCUUAAAGGUACAGCCUGGGGGGCAGCGAGAAGAGGGGGCACUUUCCGCCGGAGGACAAGAAACCCCUCAGCUUCCAGCUCCUGUCAAUGGAUUUAAAGGGAGCUCGGCCCUCUUAAAGGGGAGUUGUCUCCAGGCCUCAUUGUGACUAAGAGGGAGGGCUGGCUCUUAAAGGGGCCGUUGGGGUUCCUCUGGAGGACUUUGAACGCUGGAAGCUUAAAGGGGAGUGCGAGCUGAGCAGGGGAAACGCUUGGAGGCUUUUAAAGCCAGUGGUGGAAAGAGUGGAUGCCUGACAAGGAGAACUUUAAAUCCAGGUGCUUAAAGGCGAGGCCAUGCUUCAGCAGGAAAUGUGUGGCGGACUUUUAAUCGUACGUUCUUAAAGGGGAUGGAGUGAAAGGAAGCAGAUUCUCAAACCUGGACUUUUAAAGGGCAAGGUCACACCUUUUAGGAGGAAUCCAGGAGACCUUCUUAAAAAAAAACAAAAAACCGUAAGAUUUGCCAAGAGAAGGUGGCUACAGAGUGGAACCUUGAAAGGAAAUGCUGCCGCAGGAAUAAUUAUGGGAGUCCUCAGCCUCAAAGGGGGGGAAGCAAACGCUCUCUGAGAGGAAGCCAUUUGCCAUUGUUGGCAGAAGCCGCAUCUGCAGUCUUAAAGGGGAGGCUCGUGAAGCUCUUAGCCCUCUCUGGGUAAAUGUAAAGCCUCAUUUCAUACAGAAACCCUAAGGAUAGUUUAUGCUUUUUAGAACACACACACACUUACGUGCACACAUAAACAUAUAUCUCUUUAUAUAAAUAUAGGCACUUAAAUCAGAAGAUUCAAGGGAGAAGCAGCGAACUAGCAAGUACUGAAGUUUAUUCAAAGGGAUUGUCAGUUUUGCUGAUUUCAAAGGAUCCAUCUCUCCAUACUGAACCACUGUUGGAGGGAUGUAAAAAUCUGAUCAAAGCAAAGUUUUUGGUGUUGGACUCAUUUUUCUUCUGGACCCAAAGGUAAAGUUAUUCAUUAAAAAGAGAGUUCUGUUCACUGGCAAAAGUUAAUUUCCUGUUAAAUGGUUAUUAGAUCAGUUUCCAUCUUAGUAUUUUAUGUUGAAAGUAUUUGAUUAUUUUUUAAGUGACUAGUCUUGCCUUUAGGAGGAAGUCAAAAAAAGAAGUUGCCAUCUGUAUUUUCCUUAAGAGAGAAUCUGGGUAAAAGAGUUACUUCCUUGACUUUCCAGAGCAAAAAGGAAUUUCUUGAUUUUGAAUGGGUUUUUAAAUGUAAAUCAAGGAAAGUUGCUGACAGUUAAGGUAUAGGAGCCGAGGACUUCCUGUAAGGAAUACAGAAGUUACUUUUUUUCAAAAGCAAUAUAAAGGAGAACCUCUUUUUCACGAGUGUGCUGCUUUUCUCCGUGGCUUCCACAGAAGAGCAGAAACCCAGCAGAGGCAGCUGCAAUGCUUCUGGCUGGUGAGGGGUGAAGGGUGUCUCCCUCCUUUUUCACGUGCCUGCAACAGCCAUUGGACACAACGCAAUUUAUUUUCUGUACCUCAGAGGGGAGCGUAAUGGAAGGAACAACAGCAGCUCCUACCCCGUGUUGGAGCGGGGGAGGAGGCAGCAGCAGCCGAGCACGGAGACAGCGACGUUGCUCACGGCGGGACCGUGAGAGUCGCUGUACGCGCCGUAGAGGAGGCCGUCUUGGAGACCCUUCCCAUCGGGGCCUGUCCUCCUCCUCCUCUUCAGCAUCAGACAGUGAAGGCCCCUCUCCACCUGCCCCUGUGGCUCCUAGCAAAGGACGCCCCCUGCAGCGACGGCGACGGCCCCUCCGACGGCGGAAGAGAAUUUCUGGAUCAUCUUGCAGUCGCGAGGAGGAGGAGGAGGAGGAGGAGGAGGAGGACCUCAUUGAUGGCUUUGCCAUUGCAAGCUUCGUCAGUCUUGAGGCACUUGAGAAGGAUGCAACCUUGAAGACUCCAGAGCGGUUGGAGCUUCGGCUGAAACAUUCUGGAAAGAGGAAACGGGGCGAGGGAAACAACUCUGAGCCUGAGGACGAAGAGGAGGGCUCAGAGAAGGGUCGUGGCCAGGGCUGUGGUGGGGAGAGAGCCCUGACAAAACGAAACAAGCGGCGGCAUAAAGAGCCUUCUCUCCAAUCUUACCUGGAAACUGGAUAUAUAUGUGAUACAGAAAGUGACCCAGAGGAGCAGGCCUCCGUUGAUGACCUCGAACAGUCAUUCACUGUCUCAACCAGCAAAGCCUCGGGACCCAUUGGUGCAUUAAACGGGAGCUGUGAAGCCAAACUCUCUGUGAUCCCCAAAGUCUCCGGCCUGGAACGGAGCCAGGAGCGUAACUAUGAGGCUGACCGGGACUCCCUGCUAGUGCCUUUCCUGCCUAAGGAUCCCCCUUCUCAGGCAGCCACUGCCCCUAUUCUGGCUCAGGCCUUGCCUCCAAGUCCUCCUGCCCCACCUCCUGUCAAGACUCGGGCUCAGACACCUAACACUGUUCGUGGGACGCCCCAGCCCAAAGGCCAGCUGCCUCCAAUGCCUCAGGGUGGAGCAGUUACCCACAGCCUUGCCCAGAGCCAACUGCACAUGAAGGUGCCACCCUUUGCCAGCCAGACACAGGCCCCGUACUCUGUAGGGCUCGACCUCAGCACUGGAGGGUGCAGCCGCGGUGCAGCUCACCCCAAGCCCAUCCUCCCGCCCUGCUCCCCCUCUUCCUCUCAACUCCCUCACCGGCCCUCCACCCCCUCGCUGGCCCUGCCCCCCCACGCCUUUCCCUCCACCCUUCGGCCCCCUUCCCACCACCACCCAGGCAUGUUCACCCCCUCGCCUGGCCUCCCACCGCCACCCCCGUUGCUUCAAGUUGCUGGGCACCCAGCUGCAGCCGCUGCCAUAUCUGAACAAGAAUUAAUCCGCCAAGACCUGAGUUCCCGAUUCCUCACAACGCAAGGCGGGGCCGACAUGGGGACUGCUGCCAUCCGCCCUCUGGCUUUCCAGUUCCACCAACACAACCACCAGCACCAGCACACCCACCAGCACACCCACCAGCACUUCACCCCUUUCCCAUCAAGCAUGGUGCCCACACCCAGUCCAGCCAUGUAUGAGAAGUACCCUGGGAAAAUGGAUGGUCUUCUGAGGCAUAAUUUUUAUCCUGCCUACCCCCCAACCGUGUCGGGGAUCUCCCCAGUCCUGCCUCCUGCUGUGAAUUUUGGCUCCCUGCAGGGGGCAUUCCAACCUAAGAGCACUAAUCCUGACCUGCCAUCCCGGCUGGGUGCUGUCCCACCCAGCAUGUCCCAGAAAGGCACCCAGCUCGCCGAUCCUUUCAGGCCGACAUUGAGAAAGCCGGGGAAGUGGUGCGCCAUGCACGUCCGCGUGGCAUAUAUGAUCCUGCGGCACCAGGAGAAAAUAAAGCUGAUGCAGGGUGAUCCCCAUAAAUUGGAUUUCCGGAAUGACCUCCUCACUGGCUUGCCUGAGACCGGAGCCUUCGGCAGUCUGCCCCACAGCCAGGAGCUGGCACGCCCUGCCACCCUUUUCACAGCCUCUGGUGUCGUCCAUCCAGGCAAUGCCUCAUCCUUUGGUCCUGCUGCUACCCCUCAUGGCUCCUUCCUCAACCCCAGCCCCCACAUUGAUCCCUUUGGCAGACCUCCCAGCUUUGCCUCUCUGGGUGCACUCUCCAACGGGGCAUUUGGGGGCCUGGGCAACCCGUCCUUCAACUCAAGUGCAGUCUUUGGGCAGAAGGACAGCCCUGGAGCUCCUGCCUUCCCUAGCCCACAUGAGGCAUGGAAUCGCUUACACCGCACACCCCCUUCCUUCCCUACUGCCCCAGCCUGGCCCAAAGGUGGCAGCAGCGAUGGGACUGAGCGUGGAGGCAGCCAGCUUGACAAGGAGAGUGAGAAGUCCGAAGGGCCAGUGAUCAAGGAUGAGAAGGACAGAGAUUCUGGCUUCUUCUCCCGCCAUUCACUGCGCUCCUCUCCAGCUACUCCCACCUCAAAGAACCCAUCGCUGAUCCACGAGGAGCCCACAAGUCGACCCCAUGUACAAGCAGAGCGUGAACAUCGCUAUGGCAGCCCAGCAAGUUCAGGGCACGCCUCCCGCUCACCUUAUCCAGAGUUGCCUCUCAAGAAGGAAGUGAAGGUCAAGGAAGAGCCAGAAUUGACUGGCUUUGAGGGAGCACUGCGCACGGGUGCUCCAUAUCACAGUACCCUGCACGUCACCCACCCUCUUGGGACGCUGGCUGUCUUCGAGAGACCCCAAGCCGGGACUGGCGGAAGCGUCUCUCCCUACUUGGUUGCUGCCCCACCCUCAGCUGCCUCCUAUGCUGCGCUCGAGGCAUGGCGAGAGCCCUAUCACCGGGGCCUGGAGUUGCACCCGCUACAGCGCCUGCCUCGGUACCUGGAGACCCCAUCGCCUGCUGCCACUGCUGCCGAGGACUACGAAAGGGCCCGCUUGUACGGCUUGGCUCCCCCGCCGCAUCCCAGCCUCAUGGCCUAUCCCCGCCAUCAAAAUGGACUGCUGGCAAAAGCCACACCCUCAGCAGCUGUGGCAGCGGUGGGGCUGCUGAGUGCCCCCCCACCCCUCAUCCCUGCUUCCAAUGCUCGUCCCUGCUCCCCUCGACGGGCCCCUGACAUCCGAGAACUGGCGGCCUCCUACAAGGACCGGGACUCCAGAUAAUGGUGCCCUAGGGGUGCUCUGGAAUGCGAACGCCUCUACCAAGCAGCCUCCCUGAGCUCCAGUGACUGAUGGACAGGAUCAGGGGAGUCCAGGACCCCUGUUCGCAUUAGCGGGGAGAGGAAGGUGGCCUUUUGGUCACAUUAGCCUGAGCUAGGGAUAUGCUGCUGCCGCCACCUGGAAGGACUUUGACCUUGGAGCUAAAUAACGGGGUGCAUUUGGGGGGAGAGGUCAGGAGUCCAGGUGCCAGAGUGCCCUCGGUCGAUGUUCCUGGUUUCUGCAAAGGCCUCCUCUUCCGGCCUCUGCAGGAUGUCGGGAUCUUGGUUCUGCUUCCAGCAUUCCCGCUGGGCUAAAAAUGGACUCUGGGUGUGUUCUUCAUCCUCAGUGGACUGAUGGGAAGGCUGCUUUCAGGGGAAGGGGGAGGGCUUGAACCUUGGGGCACCUCCCCCAUGAGGCAGUGUAAAUAUUUAUAUAUUCUCCCCUAGGCAGAUGGGGAAAAGGUUUUUGUACAUUUAUAAAAGGUUUGAGAUUGUGAUUUUAAAAGUGAUUUCUCUCUCCCCCACCCAUGCCCUCUUUUGUUCCCCCUUGUUUUUACUGUACUGCUCUUUUCUAUACCUGUAUUCGCUCCUGCCCACUCUCCUGAUCCCCGUCGUCCUCCUCUAAUUAAUGGGAUGGUGCAACACACUUGUCCAGUGCCCUUUUCUUCCCCAGGCUGGUUAAUUAAACCCCAAACUGGUGCUUCUUGAUUCCUUGCUGUGUGUGUGUUAGAUGAGGAAAAGGGAGGGGAGGAUACAGGUUCUGACAUUCUUUCUGGACAGUAGAGAGCAAGUGAGAGGCUGCUGAGUACAAGGUGAAAUUCCUGGGUAGGGAAGCUGCUGUCCUGGAUAGUUUUUAUUUUUGCAGCCUCUGAAAAGGGGAAAGGGAACAAGAUACGGAAUCCCUCUAUAUAUCAUUUUAAUGCAGGUGCCCUUGUGGUCCUGAAGGUGUUCACAGAGCAUAGCCAUAAUGUGAAAAUAGGGCUGCUUUUUGGGGGGAGGUGGUAACUGGCUUUCAGGCAGAAUCAGCAGUGCUUUGGGGAAAGAGUCAAAGUCUGUUUUCCUUUCCAUUGUUUUAAGAGAUGCUCAGCAUGCAGUUCCUUCAGGUACUGGAUGCAAUCCCAAAAUAUCACUAAAAGUUGCCCUGGAUUGUACUUGUUAAUGUGGCAAAAGGGCAGAAUUAUUAAAUACAUGGGGAAUAAUCAUAUAUACUAUUGUUUUUUUUAAAAAAAUCCAGUUUAGUUUUUGCCUGCACUACCUGCUUUGUUAUGGCUUAGCCCACUGUUUGAAGAGUGUUCCCCACCUGCACAAAUCUGGCCCUUGAUCCAUAAACUUUGCUCACAUCUUGAAGAAUAAAUGAAAUUCUGCAUAUAGUUGCCUGCAAUGAAAAA